GCGGCCAUGGCGCGCAGCGCGGGGAGAGGGCGCCGAGCGGGGCCGUGCGCCUCUCCCCCCCGCCACGGAGCACUGCUGGAUGAAGGCUGAGCCCAGGACUCUGAGCCAGGUGUCAGAGGAAAGUUGGAUUUCUUUGUGAGCAGCUCACGCAGCAUCCACAACAAGUACCCUUCCCCUUGCUGGCUCCUGGAGGUGCCAGCAUCCUUGUGCAGACAUGGCAUUUAGAAGGACAGAGGGAAUGUCCAUCAUCCAGGCCUUGGCCAUGACUGUGGCAGAGAUCCCUGUGUUUGUUUACACCACGUUUGGGCAGUCUGUCUUCUCUCAGCUGCGGCUCUCCCCAGGCCUGCGUAAGGUGCUGUUUGCUACAGCUCUCGGGACGGUUGCGUUGGCUCUUGCAGCUCAUCAGCUGAAGCGGCGUCGGCGUCGGAAGAAGCAGAUUGCUCCAGAGAAGUGUGGCUUUAAGCCUGGCGGGAUCACGGUGCCCAUCUUGCCAACCAGAAGGGUCUCCUCUGUGAAGAAAGGAUACUCCAGCAAGAGAGUGCAAAGUCCUGGCAGCAAGAGCAAUGACACACUCAGCGGGAUUUCCUCCAUUGAGCCUAGCAAACAUUCCAGUUCUUCCCACAGCCUCACCUCGAUGGUAGCAGUCAAUUCCUCAAGUCCAAUACCAGCAUCAGCAGGGAUGUGGGAGGCCCAGGCAAUGGGAGAUGCUGGAGCCAUUGGUGAUUCCAGUGCAGAAAGCCUCUACAUUCAAGGCAUGGAGCUAUUUGAGGAGGCCCUGCAGAAGUGGGAACAGGCACUGACCAUCAGGCAGAGGGACAGUGUUAGUACCAGCACUCCCGUGCCCUGGGACAGCAAGAAACAGCAAGAGAGCAUAUCUGAGAACAUCUCAGAGGAGGAGUCCCAGAAAAGGGAGUUUGCCGAGAAGCUGGAGUCCCUCUUGCACCGGGCCUACCACCUCCAGGAAGAGUUUGGGUCUUCACUUCCAUCAGACAGCAUGCUGCUGGACCUGGGUAUGGGAGCUGAGCUGGAAAUGCAUGGAAGGGGCAGUUUCCAUCUGGAUGUAUGGCUUUUCUCUUCUUCCUUUCCUCCAGAGAAGACUUUAAUGCUUCCAUUGACGGAUGGGUCACUGCGGCUGCGGACGGAUGAUGAAGACAGCUCAACCUCGGAGGACUCCUUCUUCUCUGCAGCAGAGCUCUUUGAUUCUCUCCACUUUGAGGAAAUGCCAUUCCACCUCUCUAAGCCAGUAGCAGCAUAUGAAGAAGCUUUGCAGUUAGUGAAAGAAGGGAAAGUUGCGUGCCGGACACUGAGGACAGAGCUCCUUGGCUGCUACAGUGACCAGGACUUCCUGGCAAAGCUGCAUUGCGUCAGGCAGGCCUUCCAGGAGCUGCUGGAGGAUGAAAGCAAUCAGUUGUUUUUUGGGGAGGUUGGGAAACAAAUGGUGAUAGGACUGAUGACAAAAGCUGAGAAGAAUCCCAAAGCUUUUCUGGAAAGCUAUGAGGAGAUGCUGCAUUACGCACUGAAGCAGGAGACCUGGCCGACCACUCAGCUGGAGCUGGAGGGAAGAGGGGUGGUAUGCAUGAGUUUCUUUGAUAUUGUGCUGGACUUCAUCCUCAUGGAUGCUUUUGAGGAUCUGGAGAACCCGCCCUCCUCCGUGCUGGCUGUGCUGCGCAACCGAUGGCUCUCUGACAGCUUCAAGGAGACAGCUCUAGCAACUGCCUGCUGGUCAGUUCUGAAAGCAAAAAGGAGGCUUCUGAUGGUACCAGAUGGUUUUAUCUCUCAUUUCUACUCCGUAUCGGAGCAUGUCAGUCCUGUUCUAGCCUUUGGUUUUCUGGGGCCCAAGCAGCAGCUAUCUGAAGUCUGCAGUUUCUUCAAGCACCAGAUAGUACAAUACCUAAAGGACAUGUUUGAUUUGGACAACGUGAGAUACACAACAGUGCAGUCGCUGGCAGAAGACAUUCUGCAGCUCUCGCGGCGGCGCAGUGAGAUCCUCUUGGGAUAUCUGGGCACUGAGACUUCCCCAGCGAUGAACGGCAUGCUUCCUGGUGAAAAUGAGCCGCUGAAGGAGCUCAUCUGAUCUCAGUCGGGAGGAAAACAGUUUUGUACAAGGACCUUUCUCCUUCCAGAGAUGGAUAAAACUACCUGCAAUGUGCUGUGGUGGCAGCGAGACUUCACACACAGCAACCUGGUGGGACCUUCUGCUUUGUGUAGCCGGUAGUGUUUGCUGGGAUGGAUCCAGGACCACUUGCCAGCUUAUGGUUUGAAUUUCUUGUUUGUUCCACCUUUCUGUUCUUGCUAUUUUUAAUGUGUCAUAUGAACCAUGAACUGCCUGGGCCCAGAUUUUUGCACAAUUCCCUUGGCUAGGGACAACAUACACACACCCAUUCACCUUGUGUGUUCUCUGGGAGGUAAUCCCUGAUGUUUACGGUUGCGUGUGGGAGCAGGAACAUCAUUGGUAAAUUCUGCACUUGACCAUUAGCUUCUCAAAGAGGCUUUGUUUGCUUUGGGGUUUUAAUUAUCGUUCUUCUCUGCUGUGUUGCUACAGACAUUACUGCUGUUUUUUACCUUUAGGUGUUUUAAUACAUGCAAUGUGACUAGCAAAGGUUUCUUUCCCAAGGAGGAAGAAAUACUUCUCUAAAGCACUGAAGUAAAAUGCAGACUUCUGUAACCAGUCUGAAGCUCUAAGGAAGUUGGUCUGUUCCCUCGAUGUUGCUGCUGUUUGCGGGCCAGGUGACAGGCUCUGUGCUGUGGUCAUCCACCCUUAGGAGAUUGCUGAGGUCUAUGUUUGCCCCUAAGGCAAGAUAUUGUGAGGAAGGGGUGGAUUUGCAUCCUGCCUGUGCAUGCACAAAGUCUUUAAUGUCCAUCAGAGUGCCUUGCUGCAUUUCAGAAUGAGCCAUUAGCAGGUUUUGCUAGGUAGGAGGUGUGGGGUGUACACAAGCAGAGGGAACCAAUGUACUGUGCUGCUUAUUCCUUCAUGCACAACGUAGUAAGAGGUGUAGAUGGUGGAUGUGAUGUACGAAAGGGGUUAUGUGUGCAGGCAGCUGGAGAGCUGGGAUUAAGCUGGUUCAGAGGAAAUGACUCAUGAUAGUCUGUCAGUCCUAAGAAACAUGGCAUUGGUUUUGGGUAUAGAUCACACAUGUGUAUGUGUGUCCUUGUAAUGCUGGGACAGGCUCUUCUCAAAUGAUGUGAUCCUGACUGCAUAAGCCAGCACCUGAAAUCUUGCUGCUCUGGGACAUCUGCUGAGUUGGAUGCUAGCAUAGGAUAGCCCCAGUGUUGCGUGCUGGACUUGCAGAGUCCUGGCUUGUGUGAGUUUUGUGGUGAUUUACUGAGUCCUCUCUGAAUGCGGUACUGUGGAUGGAGGUCGAAGGUCCAGCCUGUGCUUUCUCCUGGUUUAAUCCACAGACAGCUCCAAGUCCCAGCCUCAGAACAAGGAGGUAUUCAGGGAGAAGAGAAUGAGGACUUUCACAAAAACAUGGGCUUCACUGUUUGUUCUCCAGACCUGAUUAGUUAUCCCUUCUGUCUGUUCUAGGUAAAAGGUGUAAGUGUUAUCUAGCCAUGUCUUUGUAAGUGGGACCAAAAAAUGUAAGAAUCUGGAGAUUCCAUGUGAGUAGAAAGUCAGUGCGUGGGCUUGGAGAACACAAAUGUCUUCUUUCUUCCUUCUAGGAUAUCUAAUGUGGAUUCUGCUGGUAAAAGCAGGAAGGAAGUAAGGAGGGAAAAAGUAAAUAGGAGGAUGUCAAAAGAGUAGAUAAAUGCUCCUGAGAUGCUUUCAAGAGGGUAAGUGUAGAGUACAUAACAUCUGUUGCUUUAUAAGCACACCAGACUGAUGUGGCUUGUCCUGAAGACCAGAUUAAUGCUGUAAACAAGAUAGUGCUGAGGCAGAGGUGAGGAGCAGCUGACCCAAGUGAGGCUGCAUGAAAUAAGCUAUUAUGAGGAGGAUUUAAGAGGCAGCAAUUGAAUCUGGGAAAGGUCUCUGAGGUGUUUUGCUACUGGCAGCAUGAUGUGAGAGAAGGAACAGUGGAUGUUGUAUUAGCAUGACACACCUCCUCUGUGUAAAUGUGAUUCUGAAAUGUUACGUUCUGAAAGCAAGUUACUUUGGGGUGGGGGAGUUUAUAGUACUUUGUGUUCUUAUGUGGCUGGUUUAGAAGAACGAGUAACUUCAGCAGCUUUGUAUAAUGGUUAAAAAGAUGCUAAAAUGUGAAGGUUAAUGUAAUAAUACGGAUUGUAAUUCUAAUGAAUCAAUGCUGUUAAUUUCUCA